AUGCGUGCAGCGUGUUUCGCCUCCCACGCCCUAUCGCGACGCGUCUACACGUCCACGAUCGAUCCACGGACGUACGUAGCCAUUGCGUCCAUGUCCACUGCCGCCACAGCGUCUGCCCAACGACGCACAAAGCCCCGGAAGAAGCAGUCGCGCGUGGCGCAGGUGCCGGUCUUUUGGCCAAUCACAGGCGUCUCGGAGCCGCCGCUUCUACGUCCGCACGAGAUCGAUCGCGUAAACCGGCUGUUUCGCGUAGAAAGUACAGUCAUCACCACAACGUCGGACCCGACCGAGUUGCCCCAGUGGGACGUGCCGGAGAUCGCCUUUGCCGGUCGCUCGAACGCUGGCAAAUCGUCGCUCAUCAACGCGCUUUGUGGCCAAAAAGCGCUCGCGCGGACGUCGAAAGUGCCGGGACGGACGCAGCAGCUGCACUUUGUCAGUGUUGGCGGCAAAAAGGGCAGUUUGCCCGACUUGUCGCUGGUCGAUAUGCCAGGGUUUGGGUUUGCCACGGCGCCGAAACAAGUGGUGGACCAAUGGCACGCGCUCGUGGGCGGCUACGUGGACAAGAGACGGGGCACCACCCUCAAGACCAUUAUGCUGUUGAUUGAUGCCCGUCGCGGGUUGGGCACGGCCGACCACGAGUUUAUGGACUUUCUGCACGACUUGGGCGCGCUGUACCAGGUGGUGUUUACCAAAGCAGACGCAGUGACUCGACCGGCGCUCGAGACGCAGAUUCAAAAGGCAAUGGACGUGGCGUUGAGUGCAGAGCGGAUGAGCAUGAACCCGAUUAUACAGGUCACGAGUGUGAAGGAAGGACUUGGGAUCAAGGAGCUGCAGCGUCAACUUGUGAGCAUGACAGGGCUGCUGACGUCGUUGUAA